ACGCAAGACGAGUGGAAGCGAGUGGGAAUCGCUUUAGUCUUUUAUUUGCCAAUUAAUUUUAUUUAGUGCGCAGAUCUAUAGUUAAAACCUCAACGCUAAAUGUGAUUAAUAAAGUACAACGAUUCCAAUAUUGUGCAGUGCAUCCCGAUAGAGCCCCCAGUGUUGCCAGCUUCUUUGUCCUUGAGCCGCCACGCUCUCUUUAUAGGUCUUUCAAUAUUGUUCAGCUUAAACGCCAGCGUCAGCAAAAACUUCAAUUUAUUAGAAUCCAACUGUUAAAACAAAGUUGUUUCCGUUACCAUGGCAAGUCCAAGGACGCGACGAGUGUUGCAAGAGUUGAAACCUCAAGACGACAAUUCGAAAUGCUUCGAGUGCGCUACACACAACCCACAAUGGGUGUCCGUCACGUAUGGCAUUUGGAUAUGUCUGGAGUGCUCGGGCAAGCAUCGAAGUCUUGGCGUCCAUCUGUCCUUUGUUCGGUCCGUGACAAUGGACAAGUGGAAGGAUAUUGAGUUAGAGAAAAUGAAGGUGGGCGGUAAUCGGAAUGCUCGCGAAUUUUUCGAGGAUCAGGCGGACUGGAAUGAUCGGGCGCCCAUCACGCAACGGUACAAUACCAAAGCCGCAGCUCUAUAUCGUGACAAGAUUACGACGCUAGCGCAAGGCAAGAGCUGGAAUCAAAAGGAGGCAGAAACACGACUGGGCAGCAGCAAUUCCUAUAGUGGCAGCAGCGCCACCAAAGGUGGAAGUAGCUCUUUUAACGCUCAGCCACGAGCAAGCGCAACAGGUUAUGGUGGGGCUGACGGAGGUGGGGUCGGAGGCUAUCAGAACGGCGGCGGCAGUUAUGGUGAUACAACGAGUUAUCAGCAAUUUAAUACACAAGAAUUUAAAGACCAGAAGGACGAGUUCUUCAAUCGACGCCAAGUGGAGAACGCUUCACGGCCCGAUCACUUGCCACCGAAUCAGGGCGGUAAAUAUGCUGGUUUCGGUUUCACGCGCGAUCCCCCACCAAAAACACAAUCUCAGGAGAUCAUCGAUUCAACACUCUCCACUUUAGCCUCCGGCUGGAGUCUGUUUUCAACAAACGCUUCCAAGUUGGCCAACACGGCUUCUAAGUUGGCCGUCACUACCGUCAAUUCAGCAUCAACCAAGAUUAAAGAAGGCACUUUGCUAGAAACCGUGCAGAGUGGUGUUUCAGAUGUGGCCUACAAGGUAACCGACAUUAGCAAACGAGGCUGGAACAAUUUGGCCGGCAGCAACAUUUCGUCUCCCCAAAGUGGCUAUAACGAACCCGGUGGAGGAUUUGAGGACAGCUCCUAUCAACGUUCGCAUUCGGUUGGUGGCAAUCUGGCUGGUGGUCUGGGCCAGCAGAGUGGCGUGAGCGACAGCGAUUGGGGCGGCUGGCAGGAUAAUGGCAAUCAAAAGACGCAUAUGACUAGUUCUAGCUCGUACCAUAAUCAAAUUAGCAGUCUUAGUGGAAACGCCAGUGCAGGAUUGACCCAGGAUGAUGACUGGUCUGGUUUCGAGUCGACGAACUAUCAGAGCGCCGAGACAUCCUAUCAAAAUACCCCCUCCGGCGGACAAAGUGCUCGUCGAAAUAUGAAAAUACAGGAAACAUCGCAAAAGCUAAGCGAAGGUUUCGAAAAUCUUGAUGUGAAGAACGUGAAAACGAAGGCCGGCGCGUCCUCCGCCAAUGCCAAACCCAGCGCCGAAGAAGAUGCAUGGAAUCUUCUAAUGAACUAAACAAGAAUCAGCACAUCCGAACCAGAGUGUAUUUUUGUUUGUUUUUGCUUCUAAUUUUUCAAUUUACCAAUUUGUUGUCUAUAUGUUUCUGUUUUAAGUCCAAGCUGUUGUACGCGCAUUUAAUGUAAUCGACCGAUAUUAUGUUCAAAGUUGUUUGUGUCUUGCUUUCCAACGAAAAAAGUUUAACUUUUUCAUUACAUUUUUUUUUUCACAUUUAUAGACCAAUUUUAUGUAGAACUACUUAAUGAAUUAUUUAGCAUAAAUGUACGGCAUAUAUAUCUACUGAUAAAUAAACAAACAGCUCUGUGCUAUAUAGAAUUGAAA